AAGCUGCUUUAGAGCUGUCGACGAUUUUAUUAAAUGUCAGUUAUUUGUUUUUGUUUUUGAAAAUGUGAAGAUUUGGUUUUAAUUUUUUACGAAAAUAUGUCUGAUAUAUUACUUAAUAAACUUAUAAACGACGAAGUUGAACCCAGUUUAUUGACUAAAUGGCUACUAGAGCCAAACAGUGAUGAAAAUAAAGAAUUCCAAAGUAUUUCUGAUUGUAAAGUUAGCCAAAUAGAUUUUAUUACUUAUUUUCUAAACUUUUUACAUGAAGAACUGCCUUGCAAUGAUAGUACAGAAAUACCUAAAGCCUAUAACACACCAAAGAAAUUAAAUGAAAAUGAUGCAACAAAUGUUCAACAAUCAAGUAAUACUCCUAAAGCAAAUGCAGAUAAUUAUGCAUCAGUUCAGAAGAAUUCUAUCAUAGAUACAUCAGUCAGUAAAUUCAGUACUCCAAAAGCAUCUGGAAUUAACAAACAUGAAAGUUAUUUUAGCCCAGUGUCGCCCUUGUACCAAAACCCCAACCUUUCUUUUCAAAACAAGAGUUUCAAAAACUCAACAGAAAAACCGUCACUUUGUCUGGGCGAUUUUUUAGUCACUUCAACAAAAACUUCAGCUAAAAAGAAACGACAGUCUUUAGAUUCAAAUAGUUCAAAAAAAGAAUCAAUCAGAAGAAUAAACCCUACUAAUAUAUCUAUCAAGCCGGCAAAUUCUAGCUUCGAAAAAUCCGAAAAUAGCUUUAAUUUUCAGGACAAAGCUGCAGAGGUGCCUGUAACGACUGUUUCCGAUAUAAGAGGUAUAUUAGUAAAAGAAAGAACAAAAAUUUUGUCUAGAAAAGAUUCUUUAGAAACUACAAAUCAUCAGAUUUUGUUAAAAAGGCAGAACAGUUUGCCUAAGACUAAUAUUACCCCUUUGCUUAAUCUAGUGACAUUUCAAAAGAAUUUAGAUAAUGUUGCUUCUAUUUAUAAAGUGAUAUUGGCUCAUAAGCUAGUGUUAAAUAUUACUAGUGAAUUAUAUUUUCUUAUUUCAUUAAUUUUGAGCAAUCAAAGCGACAGUUGCAGAUAUAAGCAUAAAUUUAUUGACAAUAAUGAAGUAAAUGACAGUACAGAGUCAAAUUUAGGGGUAGAAGUCCUGGAUCACAAUAGCUUAUUAAACUUAGAAGAUAGAACUAAAAAUAAUAGUCAAGCUAGUCUAUAUAAUUCAGAAAUUUUUGGUAGCAUCCAUAAUGUUGUGUAUUUUGCAGUGAAAUGUUUAGAGUCUCAGUUUGAAAUAAUACAAGUUUAUGACAAGACUACCUUAAGAUUGUUAGCUGAUAAUGAGAGAAUUAAGGAAUUUUCCCCGAAGUUUUCGAAAGAGCUGCUGUUAACUUGCGAUAAAAAAACUGACAAAUUAUGUCUAGAUAUAAUAACUCCAACAGUACAAGCUGGGAAUGUUUGCUUUAAUAUAGAUACUGAUAAUGCAGAUAAUUUUCCUGACCGAUUAGGUUUUCAAGCAUUCAAAAAGCAGAGGGACAUGUUUUAUGAAAUAUUGAGGAUAUGGGAGACCAACCACUUAUCAAAAGAUUGGAGUUUUUCUUUAGGACUCGGAGGAAAAAUUAGAAGUUUGUUUAGCUUUCAUAAUGACCCUAUGAACUACACACAUCUAGCUAGGCUUUUUAAAAACCAGUUAUUAAGAAGUUGUGCAAAAGGAGCAAAGGAAAAAGGCCUCUCUGAAACUAACCUGCCUUUUGUACCUUCACUGGAUAUAGAUGCUGACAAACUUAAAAGACUGACAAACAGAUUGGUUACAAAACAAUCUUCCAAUGGCAUAAAUUCCUUGCCGGUAUUUUCAGGCUACCAAGAAUUUUUUAAAGACUUUAUAAUAGUAUCGUCCAAUCCUUUAUUCAAUAGGCACAUUUGUGAUUCAUUUACAUCUGAAAUCAUUGAACUAAAUGAUAUAAAGUUUUCAACCGCAGAACUGGAAGAUAAAGGAAAUGAAGUUGACCAAAACUCUAGAAAUCUUUACAUAGACUGCAUACAAAACCUUAGAAUAUUAGCGAAAUUUUUGGGAUUUCUCGAAUCUUUACCUUAUAAAUCGGAACUAACCAAUCUCCCAAAAAAUGUUAUAGAGAUACAAAUUAAAAUUCGGAAGCAGCACGUUCCUCAGUUAGACGUUAAACAUUUGCUUCAGCAGUCAAUUUCUGCCAAUUCCGUAAUAUUUAUAAUACCAUGGCUAAUCAAUUAUUUGGCUAUGCUAGACUACGUCAGUCUUCGCCUACCUUACUUCCUCUCACUACACAAUAUUCUAUUUGACCUCUAUCGAAACUACGAAAAGAUGAACACGUCAUUUGGAAAUGCCAUCGCUGUACGUUUUUGCCUGGGUUGGCUUUUCGAGUUACCCCAUUUUCCUGACGCGGAGUACUUCAAUUUUUAUUUACAAAAUAGACAAGAAAAAUAUGUUUAUACAGAAAAAACGCAACCAGCAAAAUUAAAAAUGGCAAACCUAGAUAGUGCAGAUAUAAUAAAUCAAAAUGUAUUGUAUUUAUGUUGCCCCUAUUUGGAGGAGAUUAAAAAAAUUUUAGCGACGAAUGCACCAGGGAGUAAAGUUGCCGUGAAAUAUAUUACUCCUGUCACGGCCGUCGAAAGUAAUAUAGAGGUGGCUAGGAAAAAGAUAGAACAACAAGUAGAAGAUGCAUUUUUCAACUCACACCCGUCAUCUGUAAGAAAAACUGUUGAAUUUGUUAGCGAAAGAAUAGCAUCGGCUGCCGUAAAACAUAUAUGUCAUGAUGUAGUUCCCAAUUUUAAAACUUCUAUUCUUACGGAAUUAAAAGAGAUUUUCUUAAAAAAUGAUACGGGCGACAGAUUUUUGGAUGAUAAUCAGAGAAAGACUACUUUAAAAAAUCAAGGGUUAGCUGUAACUGAAAUCCAAUUAUCAGGUUUUCUAAAGACCCUACAGGAAGAAACUGAAAAAAUAUCUUGUAAAAAGAUACCUUCUGCCAUUGACAGUUUAUUACCGGUGGACACUCUAGAAAUAACAAAGAAUAUAUGCAUUAGAAUAACAAAUAAAAUGUAUACAGAACGAGUAAAGCAGUGGAUUGACAGUCAUGUUACUUUGGACUUAUUGACAAAAGACUUUGAAAAUGAAGUUCAAAAGAGAAUACUUAAUGGACGAAGAACCGAUAAAGAAAAAAUACCAUUUGUUCUUCCUCCUGGAGGUAAAAAUUGCAACCACAAUGAAGACGCUUUAAGUGGAUUUCAUGCUUUAAAUGCUCUUACAGACGUAUGUUGCCGAGUAAAUGAAAGGAAUGCAAUUACAAUAGAUUAUAUAGUCAAUAUUCUUCAAGAAACUCAUAAAUGUUUGACUGAAAGGAAUGACAUCAAUGACACUAUUGCCGCAUCUCUAACUUCGACUGUGUUUGAAUUUUCUUUACUCCUGAUUGUAAGAUCUCCUUCGCUAUUAUCCAGUGGAAUUAAUAUUUUUCUACCUCACUGUCUUAACAUAUGGACCAUGGAUCCUAAACCUCUGAUGCUUUUUAAAACUCUAUUUUGUCCACGCAACCUCUUGAUGUUGCAAAGUUCGUCUAGUAAAUCGCAAAGCCUGGAUUUAUAUGCGCGAGUAAUAUCAGCGCUUUUGGAAAAGAAACUAAUUAAUGUUCAAGAUCUUGAAUCUCAAUGUACUGGAUUUUAUAGUAGGGAUUGGGAUAAGGUCACACUGGAAGAUUUUUCAUAUUUGUUAAAACAACUGGUAAGUUACUAUGAUAACAUUGACUGCAGCUUAGUCACCCUUUUAGAUUUUCUGUCCGAUUUCUGCUCAGAUCUUUAGUUGUAAAUUUAGAUUUAUUUAAUCAUUUUGUUAAUUUUUUUCAUACUUUGUAAUUGACUGACGCAACCGUAUUUAUGUUUAUAUUCAAUAUUUUUUAUUUAUUUAUUAUUCGUUUUAUUCAUAUUAUGUGUAUAAGUCAAACGAUGUAUUUUUACGUUUUAUAAAAAUAUGUUCCUACCUUAAGGCAUAGAUUCAGUGCAUUCAUGUUAUUGACAUAAAGGUUUAAUGUUUUUGUGCUUAUUCACUCCUGUAGUUUUAUAAAAUAAAAGUGUUGCAUUUAACUUAUUUUAAAAUAACCUAAUUGGCAAAUGUGAUAUAAAAUCUCAAGAUGUAUAAUAUUUUAAAUAAAUUGACAGUGUUUAGUUUUUAUUAA